AGCCUAAGACAGACCCGCCCUCCCGGUUAGGACCUCGGAGAGCGCCAGGCACCAGCACCAGAGGGACCCGAGAAGCGGCCGGAUCCGGGCUGGACCUUCGCCCGCCAGCGAGCCUGCAGCCUCCGCGCCCUCCGCCUCACCGGCCGGCCGGCGGCUAGUGGCGUCUGAGGAAGUGUUUAAAAUGAAGAAGUUUAAUUUCCGAAAAGUUUUGGAUGGCUUAACUGCCUCUUCCCCCGGCAGUGGUAGCAGCAGCGGCAGUAAUAGUGGUGGGGCUGGAAGUGGCUCCGUCCAUCCUGGAGGGACUGCAGGGGUUCUGAGAGAGGGGAUCCAGGAAAGCCUCAUCUCCGAGUGUUUCCAGAUUUGCAAGACAGUUCGGCACGGUUUUCCCUAUCAGCCCACAGCAUUGGCCUUUGAUCCAGUCCAGAAAAUCCUGGCUAUUGGAACGAGAACAGGUGCUAUACGAAUACUUGGGAGGCCUGGUGUUGACUGUUACUGCCAACAUGAGAGUGGGGCGGCUGUCUUGCAGCUCCAAUUCCUGAUCAAUGAGGGCGCUUUGGUCAGUGCGAGUUCAGAUGACACACUUCAUUUGUGGAAUCUGAGACAGAAAAGGCCGGCUAUUCUCCAUUCUCUUAAGUUUAACAGAGAACGAAUUACUUACUGUCAUCUACCUUUCCAGAGUAAAUGGCUCUAUGUUGGAACAGAAAGAGGAAAUACACAUAUUGUAAAUAUUGAAUCUUUCAUUCUUUCUGGAUAUGUCAUCAUGUGGAACAAGGCAAUUGAGCUCUCCACCAAGACUCAUCCAGGCCCAGUUGUACAUCUAAGUGAUAGCCCAAGAGAUGAAGGAAAACUGUUAAUAGGUUAUGAAAAUGGCACUGUGGUAUUCUGGGACUUGAAAUCUAAAAGAGCAGAACUGAGAGUUUAUUAUGAUGAGGCUAUUCAUUCAAUUGAUUGGCAUCAUGAGGGCAAACAAUUCAUGUGCAGCCACUCAGAUGGUAGCUUGACUUUAUGGAACCUGAAAAGCCCAAGUCGCCCUUUCCAAACCACAGUUCCACAUGGAAAAAGUCAAAGAGAAGGAAGAAAGUCUGAAUCUUGUAAACCUAUUCUGAAAGUAGAGUACAAAACGUGCAGGAACAGUGAACCAUUUAUAAUAUUCUCUGGUGGGUUGUCAUAUGACAAAGCUUGCAGAAGACCAAGUUUAACCAUCAUGCAUGGGAAAGCAAUUACAGUACUUGAAAUGGAUCAUCCUAUUGUUGAAUUUCUAACUUUAUGUGAAACGCCCUAUCCCAAUGAGUUUCAAGAACCCUAUGCUGUUGCAGUACUUCUAGAGAAAGAUCUCAUCGUAGUUGAUCUGACACAAACCAAUUUUCCAAUCUUUGAAAAUCCAUAUCCAAUGGACAUUCAUGAGUCACCAGUUACAUGCACAGCAUAUUUUGCCGAUUGCCCUCCAGAUUUGAUUCUAGUACUCUAUUCUAUAGGAGUCAAGCAUAAAAAACAAGGAUACAGUAAUAAGGAAUGGCCAGUAAGUGGAGGAGCUUGGAAUCUUGGAGCACAAACGUAUCCAGAAAUUAUUAUUACUGGUCAUGCUGAUGGAACAAUAAAAUUUUGGGAUGCUUCAGCAAUGACACUGCAGAUGUUGUACAAGCUAAAAACUUCAAAAGUAUUUGAAAAGCAGAAGGUGGGAGAUGGCAAACAGACGUGUGAGAUUGUAGAAGAAGAUCCCUUUGCUGUUCAGAUGAUUUACUGGUGUCCAGAGAGCAGAAUAUUUUGUGUAUCUGGGGUCUCUGCAUAUGUCAUAAUUUAUAAAUUCAGCAGACAUGAAAUCACAGCAGAAAUAGUGUCAUUAGAGGUACGACUUCAGUGCGAUGUUGAAGACAUUAUUACUCCUGAGCCAGAAACAAGUCCUCCAUUUCCAGAUCUCUCCUCUCAACUUCCUUCUUCAAGGAGUCUUUCUGGAAGCACUAAUACUGUGUCUAGUGAAGGCGUGACGAAGGACAGCAUCCCAUGCCUCAGUGUUAAAACACGGCCAGUGCGCAUGCCGCCGGGCUAUCAAGCGGAUCUUGUUAUUCAGUUGGUGUGGGUAGAUGGCGAGCCGCCUCAGCAGAUCACCAGCCUCGCUGUGAGCUCGGCAUACGGAAUAGUUGCAUUUGGAAACUGCACGGGGUUGGUUGUGGUAGAUUUCAUCCAGAAGACAGUACUGUUAAGCAUGGGGACCAUUGACCUCUAUAGAUCAAGUGACCUGUACCAGCGACAGCCCCGGUCUCCUCGAAAAAACAGGCAGUUCAUUGCAGACAACUUUUGCAUGCGUGGGCUGUCUAACUUUUAUCCUGAUUUAACGAAACGGAUCCGUACUUCCUAUCAGAGCUUAACAGAGCUGAAUGAUAGUCCAGUUCCCUUGGAACUUGAGCGGUGCAAGUCUCCCACUUCAGACCAUGUAAAUGGACACUGCACAAGUCCAACCUCUCAGAGUUGCAGUUCUGGAAAACGUCUUUCCAGUGCUGAUGUUUCAAAAGUAAAUCGCUGGGGUCCUGGAAGACCACCAUUUAGAAAGGCACAGUCAGCUGCUUGCAUGGAGAUAUCUUUACCAGUUACAACUGAAGAAACCCGAGAGAACUCCUAUAACCGCUCCAGGAGCUCUAGCAUCUCCAGUAUUGACAAGGAUUCUAAAGAAGCAAUUACAGCUUUGUACUUCAUGGAAUCCUUUGCACGGAAAAAUGACUCUACCGUGUCCCCUUGUCUGUUUGUUGGAACUAGUCUGGGAAUGGUAAUACUCAUCUCCCUAAAUCUACCAUCAUCAGAUGAACAAAGGUUUACAGAGCCGGUGGUGGUAUUGCCAAGUGGUACAUUCCUCUCACUGAAAGGAGCUGUGCUAACAUUUUCCUGCAUGGACAGAACUGGCAAUUUAAUGCAGCCUCCAUAUGAGGUAUGGAGGGAUCCCAACAACACAGAUGAAAAUGAAAAAACCUGGAAAAGGAAAUUGGUCAUGAACUACUCCUCUUCAUCCCAAGAAAUGGGAGACCAUCAGUAUACGAUAAUCUGCUCAGAAAAACAAGCCAAAGUCUUCUCACUGCCGUCCCAGACCUGCCUUUAUGUUCACAACAUCACAGAGACGUCAUUCAUAUUGCAAGCAGAUGUGGUGGUCAUGUGCAACAGUGCCUGCCUGGCCUGCUUUUGUGCGAAUGGGCAUAUCAUGAUAAUGAGCUUACCUAGCCUUCGCCCAAUGUUGGAUGUUAAUUAUUUGCCACUGACAGACAUGAGAAUAGCACGGACAUUUUGUUUUACUAAUGAAGGACAGGCAUUAUACCUUGUCUCCCCAACUGAAAUUCAACGGUUAACAUAUAGCCAAGAAAUGUGUGAUAAUAUUCAGGACAUGUUAGGCGAUUUGUUUACUCCAAUAGAGACACCAGAAGCCCAAAAUAGAGGCUUUCUCAAGGGACUGUUUGGUGGAAGUGGACAGACAUUUGACAGAGAAGAACUCUUUGGGGAAGCCUCAGCAGGAAAAGCAUCUCGCAGCCUCGCACAGCACAUUCCUGGACCGGGCAGCAUAGAAGGGAUGAAGGGCGCUGCUGGCGGGGUGAUGGGAGAGCUAACGCGAGCCCGGAUUGCACUUGAUGAGAGAGGGCAGCGCCUGGGUGAGCUGGAGGAGAAGACUGCAGGCAUGAUGACCAGUGCAGAAGCAUUUUCCAAGCACGCACACGAGCUAAUGCUGAAAUAUAAGGACAAGAAAUGGUACCAGUUCUAACCUUUUACCUUCUAAAGAAGCUGUGAGUGCUCUGAGAAACCAGUAUUCAGGGAAACCAAAUUGAUUCCCAGCAUCACGAUUCAACUGCUAGAAACCAGUUUCUUCUACAAGAUGUCCCAUUAUAGUCCAUCUGAAGUUCUCGUAAAGGAGACUUCUCCAAGGCAGAAGCACUGCACAACAAAAGGCUGGACCCUGGUUAAAAUCCCAAGAGAACGGCCGAACCUGUCUUUUCCCCACGAGGAAUGGAUAUUAUCAUCUUGGCAUGUAACUUGCUAAGAAUUCAUGUUUGGAAACUAUGGGGAGUCCUUUUGAUUUGAAUUUCCUGUACAAACAAAAGCAUUAAUGCGCUUAAUGAAAAAUUCUUUGCAUGAUAAAUUAACAUCUUAAGAGGAAAAGAAACAAAAGCAUGUUAUAACAGAAGAAAAGGAUUUAUGGUAAACUACUUUCACGAAUUGGGCCACACCCAACAAUUUUAAAAUCUGCAUUAGAAGAUAUCAGUGCAUUUCAAGUGUAUUUGCCCUACCCAACCGAAAGGAAUCAAAACAUACCCAGAAUUUUCUUCUCAUCUGAAACUCUCCUUAUUAUACUAGAACAUUACUGAAUUCUUACAUCAAGAAUCCGAUUAAUGUUUCUCUCUCUCUCGUAUUUCACAUCACUUACAGCUCUCAGUCAGAAUCAAGCAUUGCCAGUCUAGUGAGUAUUCCCAACACCUUCCUCUCCACCUCUGCCACCUUCAAGAUGAAUUCCUAGUUUAGUCAGAAACCAUGCAGGGUUGAUUCACCUCAAAGCAUUGUUUCAGCCUGGUUCACAUUCUCCAGAGGAGUUGGCAAUGGGUUUGCAGAAGCCAGACUAUAGGAACACUGCAGUUAGCUUUGAGAACUGAUUUCACAAAGAGUGGAAUUUCACACACCCCAAUUUUAGUUUCCAAAGCGAUAUAUUUUUAAAGCACCAUUUGUAUCCUUAUCUGCCAAUUACACAGUAUAUUACUGUUCAAACCCAAUAGGGUCUACAAUCCCAAGGUGCUUUUGCAGCCUGAUAUUCACAGACCAAACUGGUCAUUCUCUUCGAUAUGAUUCAGUAAAACCUCAGCUAAUGCUUUAGGGAAGAGAUUCUGACUCAUCGUGCUUCUGAUGCACAAGGGCUUUCAUUAGUAAACGCUUUGGGGCUCAGCACUUAUUACUGGAAACCCUUAUACAAUGUAGAGCUGUUUUAGCUGUCUUGGCCACAGUCACCAUCAUGGGUAACACAAAUCCAGAGAUAAGUUAAUGACAUAAAAUCAAUAGCUUUGUCACUAGACUGAAUAAUGCAAGUCAAAGGAACGUGUCAGUAAAUAUCAAAUACCUUCUAAAGACUCUCAGGAGUUAAAGCCCAGCUCUGAGAGUGAUAAAAUGACCCGUCACAACCUAGCAGAGAAACACUGCAAAGAGGAGCAAAGGAAGACUCCUAUCUGCUCUGUUGAACAUGCUUGGAAGUCAGAGUCACAGGACUCCCCUGGAAGGAUGUUGUUCCUGUUUUUAAAAUCUUAAAUUAUGUGAUAGACUCAUUGGGGUUUGAGGUCCUAUGGGUUUACAUUUGUGUUUAAGACAUCGGCAUUUCCUUGAAUCCAACUUAAUAGACAAAUUUAUUCUUUUUAUUGAUCUUUUAUUUUUUGUUUGAAGUGGUGCUUCCUUUUAAUUUCAGUGAUUUUGAAGAAAAAGCAGAGAUGAGUAAAAGAAUCAGAAAAUACACACUAGCAUAGCAUUUAUCAGAGUCCUUAAAUUCUGGUUUCUUAAAACUGUCUCUCUGUAAAUCCGCCUCCUAUUACAGCAUGAGUAUUAGAGGUCUAGGCUUGGAAAUACAAGCUUAUUCAUACUGUAAAAUACUAAGGAACUGUAAAGCCAGGACCUGGAAAACAAAACAGCCAAAGGGAAGCACAUAACUUACACGAUCUGUUUGAAGGACCCAGGUACCCGAUGGCUCCUUUAUGGAUACUUUAACAUUUCUGGGAUUGUUGGUUUGUUGUUUGGGAGGAUGCUGGUUUGUUUGCUUGAUUGUUUGUGUGUUGUUGAGGGUUGUUUUUGGUUUGAUUUGGUUUUUGCUUUUCUGACAGGGUUUCCUUUACAGCCUGACUGUCCUGAAACUCACUUUGUAGACCAGGCUGGCCUUGAACUCACAGAGAUCCACCUGCCUCUGGCUCCCAAGUACUGGGAUUACAGGCAUGCGCCACCACACCCAGUGGUACUUCAACAUUUCUACAUUUUAAAAUGACCAGAAGAAUAAGAUAUUUCUUUUAUUUAUAAAUAGUGAAUUUUAAUCCAAAGUAGCACUGAAUUCAAUGACUAUCUCUGAAACUCCCUGUAAUAUUUAACUUGCUUUAGAGAUGUAGUGCAGGGUAGAGUGCUUGCCCACCAUGUUCAAGACCCUGGGCUUCAUCCUCAAUACCCCAGGUGUGUGUGCAUGUGAGAGCACACACACACACACACACACACACACACACACACACACACACACACACAAAUUCACUUGCUCUAUAGCAAGGGUUCUUGAUAGUGGCACCAUUAGCACAAAAUUCUUUGGAAUGUUAACCGUGUCCUUGGCUUCAGCCCUCUAGAUGUCAGUCAGAAUCUGCUAAUAAUGACAAUUAAAAAAGAAUCGACAAAUUGCUUUCAGUUGAGAGCUACUAUUUUACAUCAUUUAAAGAGACAGACUGUGAAAUAUAUGUUUUUACAGAAAACAGCAUAUAAUAAAAGCACAUUGACUUAGCAAGAGAAGUCCUCCCCUAAAUUACUUGUGUGAUUCAUAUGCAAUAGAGGUAAAUUUUGAAGAAUUAGUGAACUAACACUAUAUAGACUAUUUCCAAGCACACAGAGAAUAUAUCAAAACAAACAUCCACAUUUCACAAUAGACAUGCUUAAAAUUCUGGCUGCAGCAAAUACAUCAAAAGUUUAUAAAUAGACAUCACUUGGAGUAGGUGCUUCUGAUAUGCUUGAGAACAAGUUCUCAUAAAUGUUUAAAGUUUCAAUGUACUUACAAAAUUGUUUGCCAAAUCCUUUCUUGAUAUAAGGGUAAUGUAUCCCACAAACCAAUGAUUAGCAGAAUCCAAAUUAUGAGGUUUUACUGUAUCAAAAUUAUUUUUAUAAUUCAAAGAGUUAGCAAUAACAAUAAUUUAACCAUGGAUGUGAUUUUUCUCUUUGAAAUUUUCUGUUGCAUUAAUCAUAACACACACACACACACACACACACACACAAUCACCUCACCACCACCAUUUUUGUCAUCAUUGCCACCUUAGGAAAAUGAGUAAUGUUUAUACAUAUAAUCUUUUGCAUUUUCUCAUCUCUCUUCUGUUUGGACCACAAGAAAAACCACCCCAGAAACUUUAAUAGUGCUUCAGAAGAUGACCCUGAGUCUUGGUUACCAUCAAAUUACAUUAUAUCUACGAAGUGGUGUCUGCAGAUAAGGCUUGCAAAGCACCAUCAGGACAAGGUGAAUUUACCCCCCUAUUCCUUCCUCAACAGAGAAGCCUUUCUCGGUGUUCCCACAGAAAUGAACCUUUCAUUCUAUUCAUCAAUAAUAAAAGAAGUGUCUGUUUCCCUGCUUCUCACAGUAAUGUAAACAAUGGUGAAACCACCCAUCUGUCUUGGGUUUGGGUGGAGAGCAAUUGAAUUGUCAGGUAUUUCAAUCCCCUGAAGAUCUGCUUCUCUGACUUAGCUUCUACACUUCUCUGAGUCUCAGACUUAGCACUCAGGCACCACAAGGGUCAUUGUGUGACAUGAGCUUCAAGGGUUCAGUGACAAAACUGAGAAGUUUUUCAAUAAUUCUAUCACAGAAACAUUUCCCAAAUCCUCUGGAAUUGAUUCUCAAUAAAAUCUAGGUCUCUAGCCCUCAAAAGUGUAAAGAGACUUUAAAAGGGAAAGUUUCCUUUCCUAUGGCCCACCAAUACCAUUUUAAAGGUAUUGUUUACCCAUUAACUGUGCUAGACUGAGAAAAUAUAGAGUAAGAUUAGGCCCAAUAUUGGCUGAAAAUUCAGGUAGGUUCUUUGAGAUACUAAGUUGUCAUGCAUUUGGACAUAGUAGUAAGAAAAGCUAGCCCAGAAAAGAAAACUAAUUUUUUCCUUGGUGUAGGAUUAGGAUCUUUUCUGUAUCACAGGCUUCAAACACUGUUCCCUGACCACACUGGUCCACAGAGAGCAAUGGCAGAGAAAACCAGCUUGUCAGAUCAAGUCUAGCUCUCACUGUGUAGGAGAAACAACAGCUUCUCCGCUUCUUCACUUACAGUUACUCAGCCCCAUCUUAGGUGGUGUCUGUGUGUCCACACAGACCAGGUGUCUGAGAUGAUCGUCACUGACUUAGGUUGAACAUUGUCUCUCAUAUGCCAGGAUCCAGGAAGGAUAUGCUAAGAAGUUUAAUAUUUCUACCUACCAGCCUGAAUGGAAAACAUCAGUAAAGUUUCAUCUGGAAACAGGGGAGAGGAUAGAGCAUGGUGGAACCCCGUGCAUGUAGGGAGGGAUAUGAGGGUCUGAGGGAAGUGAGGAGGUUUUGAUACAAACAAAAGCGAAUGCCUUUAUUUAUAUUAUUACUUUCUGGAGGAGUGAUAGUCAGCCUUGGCUGUACAUAACAGUCAUUUGAGAUUUUUAAGUUCCCGAUGAUUUCAAAAUAGCUUAGACAGGGAACAGAACGGAGUCUGGUGUCCAGCCAACCAGUCCAGGUAACACCAGUGCUUUAUGACCAACUAAGAAAGACUCUUGCCUUCCUUGGCUGAUUCUUAGCCCCUUCCAAGGGACUGUGGAAGGCCAAAUGUAAAAGACAUGGUCUUGUCUUGAUUGGCAAGUGUUCUGUGUCUCUCACAGAACAAAAGUGAGUGCACAUUUCCAACCAGGAAGCUCCACGAAGUCUUUGUAACUCAGUAAUAUUUCUCUGUGUGACUUGAUCUUUAGUUAUUUAAGUCAAGGGUGUAAAUUUCGACUGUCUUUUACAAAAGACACCAGAAAUAUCACCAUAGAAUCAGCAGUGAAAAAAGCUAAGUGGUAAAAUUAAUUCCCAAUAUCUGGACAAUGGAAAUUCUCAAAACAAUCACUAAACCAUCUCCAAGCUUAUUAUGCAUCCUCCUUCAGGGGCAGACAUGGUGAGAGGCUCCUGUUCUGCUGCGGGCGUCCUGCUGGACCUGACAUUAGCAAACAGGGAGAACUCUUCCUUGUUUGAUUGCUGCCCCUAAAGCUCCCAGGGCUGCUUGAAUUUGGUCUCUUACUUAUGGGGUAUGAAUGUGAAUAGAAAAUCAUAGUCUGAGAACCAGUGCCCUGAAGAAGUGCUUGUACCCCACAAGAAAGAGUCCAGCCAAUGGAAGGCAAUACCACAGAAAGCACUCCGCAUCCUCUCCCUCACUCCACUUCCCCUCGUCUUGGCCCACUCUUCUCAACCACAAAGCCAGAAGAUAAACUAGGUGGUGGUUUGGGAUAGUUGUACACAGGAUCAAAAUCUCUAGUAACCUAUCAUUUUUAGUACUUAAUUUUGUGAUGUUUUAUUCUAGGAAAUUACAGACAGAUGACACCAUUGAUGUAUCUUUCUUUCAUCUUCAGAAUUUUUGCAUCUUUUCAAAAAAAAUGACAAAUUACUAUUUUUCUGUUGCAUUCAGCAAUUGUGACUAUACCUAAAAUUCUUGUAGUCUGUAGAGAUAAUCAAUAAAAUUGUAUAUGUUUGUACAUAGAUGCUCUCUUAUGUCAUGAUGUCACAUACUGUUGAUAUUUGGCCAAGAUUAAAUAUAUAGAGGUCAAACACACAUUUGCAAACUGUUAACUAUAGUUUUACCAAGAAUGGAUUUUUUUAACGUAGAAGGGAUGGGGGGCAUACUGAUUUGAGCAAAAAAAAAAAAAAAAAACAGAAAACAAAAUCUAAGCACCCUAAAUGUAUAGAUUCUGUUUGAAUUCAUUGAUGGAUUUUCUAUCAAACUGGGGACAUCCGUAACAGUUAGUGAACGGCUUAAAGGCAACCUGCUAGGCUAUUGACUGAAUGGUACCUGUGGUGGAAUAAAAGUAAAAGCAAACUUGUUAAUAGCGCCCACAUGACACCACUGUGGCUCAAGGACUCAAGGCUCAAACACUCAGGGAGGCAUUGUUGACUGCGUUCCUGUUUCGGGAGUUUAUACUGCCAUCUAGUGGUCGUGAGGUCGGCUGACUCGCUGCUCUCACCAGCUGGUUGAUUCUCCUUGAUUUUCCUACAAGGUGGCCUUAGCCAGCUAACUUUUUUGUUCUAAGUUCUAAUUAUCUUAGGAAAAUGGUCCCUUCACCACAAGCUUUCUUCUACAGUUGGAUCUAUAUAAAACCUAAAGAAAUGACAACUAGCCUUAGGCUAAAAAAUACUUUUGGGUAAAAGAAAAAUAUAUAGGGCCUUUUAAAAUAUAAAUGCUAAUCUCUAUUUCAGAUUUGUCUCAGGAGAAUCAGUUUAUCUUUCUGUUACAACAGCUUAAGUCCACAAACCUGCAUUCACCAUUUUCUUCUUCUUCCUUCCCUUUCAUCUCCCUUCCUUCUGUCACUCCGUCCCUUCCUCCCCUGCUUCCUCACUCCCACCCAACAGUACAUUCUUCCUCAAGUCUUUCCUUCCAUCUGCACUAUUUAAAGGGCAAGCCGGGCACUGGGGCAGGUUGGCAGUGGCAACCUCACACACCGGUGGGCACACAGGGGUGAGGUGAGAGGUGUACCCCACAGAGCAGAGCUGGGGGAGGGGCAGAUGAAACUGGUCAGUGAGCAUGGAAUUUGAGGUCUUCUUUGGAGCAGGGCAGAGGCAAUCCCUUUGGCUCUGAAGAGUGGCCACAUUCAAGGAAUUGAGCAUUUAAAUAAAUCACUGAGGACAGGGGAGCCAAGUUUCUCAUAGAGACUUCGGAAGUGUAUACAAUUGAGAGAAAAAACUAGAAUGCCUUAAAUUUUGGUUCUUCAACAUACAGCGGGAGUUGUAACUUUUCUGCUCAAAAUGGAUAAGGAAGAGGAUUUUUAAGAAUAACACCGCAAAGAGGAGAUAGUUGAGAGGUGAUUAUGCUGUGUAUAGAACUACAAAUAUUCCUUGUCAGUAUAAUUAUUAUUUCUCAAUUAAAAAUAAUAAGACUUCUUAAAGAAGGAAAGUUAGAAAAACUCUGGUAAUGUCCAGUUCAAUUGGUUAUCAGUGUGAACUUUGUGCAUAUAUACAUAUAUAUGUACUAUAUACAUUUAUAUAAUUGUAUCUAUAUAAAUAACUAUACAUAGAUACACAUGUAAAUAUGCACUAUAUAUGUGUGUGCACAUGCUGAAAAGGUGUGUGGAUGUUGUAUAUAAAUAUUUCCUAAUGCUGACCACCAAAUAGAUAGAAAGAUACACAGCAGUCAACACAAUUAGUGCUGGAUUAUGAUUUCCAAAUUUUCUCUCUGCUCAUGUGCUAGAGCAUCAUGAGGAGAAUGACUGAUUCAAUUCAGUUCUGUAUCAGAGAAUGAGGUAUACGAUGAAAGAUAGCUACAUGUCAGAAACACUCAAAAAUAGCUUGAAAGAGCUUACACAGGCCAAGUCAAGGACAGUGUAACUAUAGAAUAUAGUAAUAACUGAAUAAAAUAGGAACCUAGGAGUUCACACUGAUGUAAGUAAAUACGGAGGAGAUAAAGUUACCCACACAAUCCGAUGCCAGCCAGUAAAUAUAAAUGGAAUUUAAAAGUCGCUGUUAGAUAACCAUUGUUAUAAUAUUUGGGCAAUAUUUACCAGUUAGUGCUCAAACUACUGGGGUUGAAGGCGGAUGUCCGUAGACAAUGAUUUUCAUCAUCUCCAAGUAUCUUCAAAAUUUGCUAAACAUUAAAAAACAUUUACACUAAGAAACGUUUAUUGGGGAGCAAGUCAACAUCCUGCGCUUCCUUUGAAAAGAGCAGGGCGUUCCUGCCACGGUGCAAGCUGGGGCUCACCCUGUGGCAAUGUUAAAUAGAACCAAACGGAGGGGUUUCUAUACAUGGCCUCCCCCUAGGAAUUCUGUUUGUGUAAUGAGAGACCAGGAAAGAUGGAUAUUCCAGAUCUGAGAAGCCAAAAUCCACAACUGCAUGUGAUAUAUGACCAUAGAUUGAAGCAUUUUGCCAUAGAUGUCAUGACAUAAGUGGAGCGAUUAGCAAAACUCCAGUGUGGUUUCCACCUGAUUACGAUUCUUUGUACCAUUCUUGAAACUUUUCUUUAGAUUUGAGCUUAUUUCAAAAUAAAAUUAUAAAAAUAAAAA